AUGAACAAUCUCUCAAUUUUGCUGUUUGUUUUAGGCCUCUGCAUGAGUAAUGAUGUAUACGGGGACAAAUCCUACAUAACGGUGAAGAACGAACUCAAUCCAAAAGGCAAUAGACUCCUCAUGGCGUAUUGUAAAUCGAAAAACAACAUGGUUGGUCCACGAUAUCUGAAAUUUGAAGAAGUUAUGAUAUUCGGCUUCAAGACUAACUUCUGGGGGACGACAGAGUUCUGGUGCGUGGUUAAAAAAGGACCUGAUUACAAACGUUAUGGGAGGUUUACCGCAUAUAAAGCGGUAAAAAUGUUCGUUACGGAUGAUGGCACAAAGUACAAUUGGUUAGCUAGAGACGAUGGAAUCUAUUUCCAUAAGGGUAAUUUCCCUCCUUAUUUAAAGGCUAAUUGGACGACAUAA